UUAAGAAUACCAACGAGAGCCCAGCUGUUCUGUUUGGUGUGUGUGAUGACUGUCCCACUCUGGACCUCUUUUUCCCUUGUAAACUAAAGUUAAUAGAGAGAUCGAGAGAGGAGAUAGAGAACCGGUCUUUCUCCCACGCGCAAAGAAAACCCAAGAAAGUAUGGCGGCGAAAUGCUUCUUGUGCUUAUGCUCUGCAAUUUUGUUCUCCUUCAUUUUGAUGGGUCUCUCGGUUUCUUCUUCUUCUCCUUCCACUUUCAUUUCAGAUGGUAUCUUUGAAUCUUACUCGUCUACUGGCCGGAACCUUCUUCAAGCUAGAAAAGCUUGCCCGGUGAACUUCGAAUUCUUGAACUACACAAUCAUCACAAGCAAAUGCAAAGGGCCUCGGUACCCAGCUGAUCUUUGUUGCGCGGCAUUCAAGGAAUUUGCUUGCCCUUACACGGACGUGUUGAAUGAUUUAACAAAUGACUGCGCUACAACCAUGUUCAGCUACAUUAACCUCUAUGGAAAAUACCCACCUGGCCUUUUUGCCAGUGAGUGCAGAGAAGGGAAGGAGGGCCUUGCAUGCCCUGCACCACCACCAUCAGAGUCAUCCAAAUUAGCCAAUACAAGUGGAAGUGAGACCGUGUGCUACCCAUCGUCACUGUUGAUGCUCACAGCUGGUUUCUUGCUGGGGUUGCUGACUUCUUAAAAGCCCCCAAUUGGUGAACAACGAGGAUUCCCAGGAAUGCUGAGAAGCAUUGAUUGCAUGCAUUGGAAGUGGAAAAAUUGUCUCGCAGCUUGGAAAGGUAUGUACUCUGGCCACAUCCGUGAAUCAACUAUUAUUUUAGAAGCAGUUGCUUCAUAUGAUCUCAAAUAUAGCAUGUAUUUUUUGGUAUGCCCGGUUCACAUAACGAUAUUAAUGUGUUAAAGAGAUCUUUUAUUUUUACGGAACUUGCCCAAAGGCGUGCUCCUCCAGUCAUUACACUAUCAAUGGCAACGACUAUACUAUGGGCUAUUACCUUACGGACGGUAUUUAUUCCAAGUAGCGAACUUUUGUGAAGACGAUUCCAUCACCACGUGGGAAUAAGAAGAAACAUUUUGUGAAAGCACAAGAAUCCGUAAGGAAAGAUGUCGAGCGUGCAUUCGGGGUACUUCAACAACAAUUUGCUAUCAUUCGUGGACAUUCCUGAAUGUUUAAAGUGAAUGAACUAACAAAUAUAAUGAAAGCAUGUGUUAUUCUACAUAAUAUGAUAAUUGAAGACGAACGUGAUGAUAGUGAGAGUCUGAAUAUUGAAUAUGAUCAACUUGAUGAUAAUCUCCCCGAAUUGUCGCGCAAUCAUACAACUGAGUUUACUUACUUCAUCCAGCAUCAUCAUGAUGUUAGAGACAGCUCAGCACAUCAUCAGCUUCAAGAAGAUCUAAUUGAACAUCAAUGGUUUUUAUAUUCACAACAUUAGUCAGGGUUGCUUUAGAUUUUAUUAUUUCCUUAAUGUAAUUGGUGACCUAUGUUUAAGUUAAUCUGAUUUGCAUUUGUAUUUCGUUAUUGUUAUCAAUUUCUUGAAUAUAUUAAUGGUAAUCAAGUUUGUUUCUGAAA